AUGGCUGUACGCGCAUCUCCCGUCGCCUUCCGUCUUUACUCGGCUGGUGCUGGUUUGUCCCAUUCCGACAUUGAGACUCGCGUCUUGGAUAUCCUCAAGGGUUUCGACAAGGUUGACCAGAGCAAGGUUGCCGUCGAUGCUCAUUUCGUCAAGGAUCUCGGUUUGGACAGUUUGGACACCGUUGAGGUUGUGAUGGCCAUUGAAGAGGAAUUCUCUGUCGAGAUCCCCGACAAGGAGGCUGAUGAGAUCAAGACUGCCAAGCAGGCUAUUGAAUACAUUGGUCAUCGUGCUGAUGCCCAUUAG